AGUCAUCUCGCAGUCACGAGUCCAAGUCACCUACGGUGGUAACAACAGAUGGCCUGGGGCCACCUUCGAUAUUAAGGGAAGGCAGACACCGAUUGGGUCGGUUAGGUACUUUCAGUGCAAUGGCGGUAUCAACUCGGUGACGAUGAGCGGCGAUGCGUUGGCUGAUAAUGUGAUGUGGUAUGGGGUGGUCCGGGGCCGGGCAUGUAUUGGCGACGCUGCC